GCCUUGGAUGCUCAUGUUGCGCCUUUACUGGUCCUUCCGGCAGUACUACCAACUUGAAAAUCGCCUGCAAGAUAUACAACGGUCAGAUUGAAGCGAGUUGGACGUGCUGGAGCGAGUUUCGGUGCUGGCAAAUAUCCUGGCCAUAACCAGCAGUGUUGGCGAUGGACUGCAUCAUGUUUGACCCUUCCCGUUUUGGAUGUGUAAACAAAGCUAGCCGGUCAUGUGACCUUACUAAUAUGGGCCAAUCACACUGCCCUGGGGUGGAUCACACAUUUUAGGCGCCAAGCCCUGCGAAAUCCCACACAGUCGGAAGUUGCGACCUCGAAUAUCACCAUCAUUUUGUGUCGACCUGCGCCUCCAAUUCCACGAUCAUCCCCAGUCGACAGUUUGACCUCAAGAUGAAGUUCCUCAAGGUCGGCCGCGUGGCCAUCAUCACUCGAGGCCGAUAUGCCGGACGGAAGGUCGUCAUUAUCCAACCAGUCGACUCAGGCACUAAGGCACACCCAUUCUCCUACGCCCUCGUCGCAGGCAUCGAGCGCUACCCGUUGAAAGUCACCCGUCGCAUGGGCAAGAAGCGGACAGAAAAGCGAUCAAAGAUCAAGCCAUUCAUCAAGAUGAUCAACUACAACCACAUCAUGCCGACGCGUUACACACUCGAGUUGGAGGGAUUGAAGAACGUCAUCUCGAACGACACUUUCAAGGAGGUCUCCCAAAGAGAGGAUGCGAAGAAGAACGUGAAGAAGGCUCUGGAGGAGAGAUACCUGAGCGGAAAGAAUAGAUGGUUCUUCACCCCUCUCCGAUUUUAGAGGUAGACAAGGAAGAAAAAGUCUGUUGCGGUCUGCAUUUUACGGCGAUACCAGGGUACGGGACUUCGAUUUGCUCGUCCGCGGACGACAGAAACCGUGCCGCAAUCCAUGAAUAAAAUGACAUUGAAACUGCACCCGAGGCAAACGACUCUGUACAUCAUGGAACUCAUAUGCGACCAGCGAGUGGAAGGGCGGUUUUAGACGCACGGUGAAGGCGCCGGCAGAUAUUUCGGCGUGAUGAAAACUUGUGCGGGGGGUGGUUGGGGCAUUAAGCGCCUUCUUCGCGCCAGAUUUCAUGUCGAAAAUACCAUGGUGCAACAUUUCAUAUGCUCAUUCAAGAUACAGGUCGUCUUUUAAACGCUGCAGGUUUCUGAACAGUCCUGAAGCAGCGCCGCCUUCACCCAACCCCCUCGCAUUUCUUCCUGCUAACGAGCCCGAACCCUCUGCCCGAGAGUUUCGAGCCAGGCCGCGUCCCUGCUGGACCUUUUUCCUGUCUUCGACCAUCUUGGCAAGCGAGUCCACAAAUUUUAUUCUUGCUCUUUCUUCACCCGUUCCCUUCCACAACGUCGCCAGCCGUCUGUACUCCUCAACCCUCUGUGAGGCCGUCUCAAUACCCGCCAUCC